AUGGCUGGACCUGGUGGCGGACCUCCUCGUAAGAGCCAUACAAAGUCAAGAAAGGGAUGCAAGACAUGCAAGAGACGACAUAUACGAUGUGAUGAGACCAUGCCACAAUGCCGAAACUGCACCAAGCACAACUGCAGAUGUGAUUAUAUGGAUAAUGUCCUCGCUCAUGAUUCUGCCAACAAUGCCAGAAGUCCGGAUCUUCUCAUGUCUCCGGAAAUUGAACUAGAGAUCCAGAACUGGCAGAAGUCUGGGAACCCUCCUUUCCCUGAGCUACAGCUUAGCUCACGGGCUUAUUGGUAUAAAUUUUCACGAACGGAUCUACGGCUCAUUCACCAUAUUGCAGGUCUAUCCAUUGACCUUCACCGAAGAGGCUACAGCAAUUGUACCGUAUGGGCCCAGAAGAUGCCUAUAUUCCUUACCAUUGCCUUGUCUAAUGACUUUGUUAUGAGUUCUAUUCUGGCACUCUCUGCUUCUCACAUUGCCUGGAUGACUCAGAAUCAAGAUACCGAGAACCUUGCUUACCACCAUCGAGGCGUUGCGAUCAAGGGUCUUCAAGAGGCUAUAAGUUCGUUCUCGCGAGAGAACUCGGAUGCUAUCCUCGCCUCAUCUUUGCUCUUAUCAUGGCAGUCCACCGAAUGGAGAGGUUGGGCUUCCCUGCAACAAGGCGUUUCAACAGUUUUAAAUUCUAUGGAACCUUGGUGGAAGGAAGAAUCAGAACUGGCUAGGUUUAUGGACGGUCAGCGAGCUUUCCGAAGUGCUCGAACCCCCCUGACGCCAACAUACCCAGGAACGUUGGCUCAUUUCCAGAAUGAAGAUAUAAUGAGGCUGGAUAGAGUUAUUGUCAACCUACAAAACAUCCACCAGCGAAUCUCUCAUAACCAAGAACAUUUCCGCAGAGUAACUGAUCUGCUCGCCUUCACUCAGCGAUUGAGAGAUGAGCUUCCCGUCCAGUCACCAGAGAAGGCAUUUGAAAGGCUUCAGCCGCUACGAAUCUGGCUUUUCUGGCUCCCAUCGGCGAUGCUGCGAGGUGGAGAAGCAGAUCUAGGGGCUCUCGCCGUGCUGUCUCAGUUUUUUGGCGUUGCACUUGCUUUGGAACCUCUUUUCCCCGAAUUUGGUGGUUCAUAUCUCGGCUCCAUGGCGGUCAAUCCAAUCGAGGAGAUCAGAAGAAUUUUGUACCACAGACGAGCAACUAAUCCGUUUGCGCCUGAGAUCCAGCUCGCCCUAAGCCUGAUGGAUCUCCCAGCCGAAACUGUGGCCGAGUACCGCAGCCGUCUUCAAUGGUCGCCAAGGUCAUCCUUCGACGGAUAUCCUACAGGAUCGCAUAGUCCAUAUCAUCAUGCGCUUCCAACUCCACAUCUGCCUAACCUACCAUCUACUUCCGCAGCCAUCGUCAGUCCUACCACCGCUGCAUACCCUGCAUAUACCACAUCGCCGCUCCACUCACCUAUGACACCAGCAAUCGUCGGUUCGCCAUACCAGAUGUCGAACGCGAUGCUUCACUCACGUCGCCACUCACAAGUAUACCCAUCUCCCACACUUCACCAUGAUCCGGUAGAGGAUCGCAUUCCCGAAUAUAAACAGCCCGAACAGCCCGCAAUGUUCAAUCCCGCUUAUCUGGGAAAUCUUAUUAACGGGGGCCCGACAAUCGGGGCGGAUUACCAUGAUUCCCCCCCAGUUAAUGUGACAGGAGGGUUGGUCGCUCCGGAACUCUGCUGGACUUGA